UUUAUAGUUUGUGGCGCAGCAAGAAAUAGGGUCUCUACUACGCGGAGGAGUUUUUCGCGGGCUUUUCUCCGCAGUAAAGGGUCCGUGGUUGAGUGGAGGAGAAGAGCGCACGGCUGUGCAUUGCCUCACCUGUUGACUCGCAUUGGAAAAGGAGAUAAAAAUGACUGGAAGAGCCAGAGCAAGAGCUCGAGGCAGAGCACGUGGUCAAGAACCACCAGCACCUGGAAAGGAGCCUCAACUUGGACAUAUACAAAAGACAUCAACCGAAGAAUCAGCAGAACCAGAGAUUGUUGGGCGUGGACGUCAGAAGAGAGCUUCUGUUGCUCAUGCUGCUUCAGUGACACAGGCAGGAGACUUGCAGGUAUCAGCAGGAUUUCAAGACUUAUCUAUUGGUGAACGUGGUGGACGUAGACGUGAUUUUCAUGACCUUGGAGUAAAUACUCGUCAAGCAAUAGAACAUGUCAGAGAUUCAAAAACAGGUUCUUCUGGAAACACAAUUCAGCUAAGUACAAAUCACAUAAAACUUAUCUCUAGACCUCAGUGGGUGUUAUACCAGUAUCAUAUUGACUACGCCCCACAGAUGGAAUCUAGGGCAAUGCGCUCCGCUUUACUGUUUCAGCAUGAGGAACUGAUUGGAAAAGCACAUGCUUUUGAUGGAUCAACAUUAUUUUUACCUAAACGACUAGAUAAGGUCAAUGAGGUUUUCAGUCAAACCCGCAAUGGUGAGACUGUGAAGAUCACUAUUACUUUAACGAACGAGUUACCACCUACUUCACCAACAUGCUUCCAGUUCUACAACAUCAUAUUUCGAAGACUUCUGAAGAUGAUGAAUAUGAAGCAAAUUGGACGUAAUUACUACAAUCCUAAUGAUCAGAUAGAAAUUAGUACACAUGGCCUUACUAUUUAUCCAGGGUUUACAACUUCCAUUCUGCAAUAUGAAAGCAACAUAAUGUUGUGCAUAGAUGUAAGCCACAAAGUUCUAAGAAGUGAAACAGUUCUGGAUUACAUGUACAAUGUGCAUAAAAAAGUGGAGUCACAUAAAUUCCACGAUAUCUGCAGCAAAGACCUAAUUGGACAGAUUGUUCUUACAAAGUACAACAAUAAGACUUACCGGAUUGAUGAUAUCAACUGGGAUUUUACUCUGAAGUCCACAUUUAAGAAAUCAGAUGGCUCAGAAAUAAGCUUUGUUGACUACUACAGGACACAAUAUAAUAAAGCAAUCACAGACUUAAACCAGCCUGCUCUUGUUCAUAAUCCAAAAAAGCCCAGGGGUCCACAUAAUGUUCCAGCAGGACCUGUUCUCUUGAUACCAGAAUUUUGUUACCUAACAGGAUUAACUGAUCGAAUGAGGAGUGAUUUUAAUGUAAUGAAGGACCUAGCAAUUUAUACCAGACUGGCACCAGAGCAAAGAGAAAAAUCAGUUGGAAAAUUUCUAAAUAACAUUCACAAGGAUGAUAGCGUGCAGAAAGAGCUUCAAGAUUGGGGCUUAAACUUUGACUCAAAACUUUUGCCUUUUGCUGGCAGAGUAGCUCCAGCAGAGAAGAUAUUGCAGGCUGGAAAAUCAGCUGACUACAAUCCUCAGUUUGCCGACUGGUCAAGAGAGUUAAGAGGACAGACACUACUCCAUGUGAAACAUUUGGAUAAUUGGAUAUUGCUAUAUGCACGCAGAAACUAUGAUGCUGCCAAUACUUUGACACAAAAUCUGUUCAAAGUAUCCGGUCAAAUGGGGAUCAGGAUGAAUAAAGCAGUCAUGAUGGAAGUAGAAGACACUACAGAUGCAUAUAUAAAAGUUUUGCAGCAAAAAGUAACACCUAAUGUACAGAUGGUAGUUUGUCUUCUCUCUAGUAAUCGGAAGGAUAAAUAUGAUGCUAUAAAAAAAUACCUGUGCGUUGACUGCCCAGUUCCAAGUCAAUGUGUAUUAGCAAAGACUCUAAGUAAACCACAGACUGUUGUUUCAGUUGCAACAAAAAUUGCAUUACAGAUGAACUGCAAGAUGGGGGGAGAGUUAUGGACUGUUGAAAUACCUCUGAAGGAUUUGAUGAUUGUUGGCAUUGACUGUUAUCAUGAUACAUUAUCAGGAAAAAGAUCUAUUGGGGCGUUUGUUGCCAGUUUAAACCAAAGCAUGACACGGUGGUUUUCUCGUUGCGUUCUCCAGGCACAGAAGCAAGAGAUUGUUGAUGGUCUUAAAGUCUGCAUGCAUGGUGCCCUAAAAGCCUGGUAUGAUUGCCACAAAGUUCUGCCUAACCGUAUAAUAAUCUACCGAGAUGGAGUAGGAGAUGGUCAGUUGAAAACAUUGGUUGAAUAUGAAAUACCGCAGUUCCAGGAUUGUAUAAGGUCUGCUGCAAAAGAAUACAGCCCAAAACUGACUGUUAUUGUUGUAAAGAAACGAGUCAAUGCAAGAUUCUUUGCACAUUUUGGUAAUAGACUGCAGAACCCUCCUCCAGGCACCAUUGUGGAUGUGGAAAUCACAAGACCUGAAUGGUAUGACUUCUUCAUAGUCAGCCAGUCUGUGAGAGUAGGAACUGUGUCUCCAACUCACUACAAUGUUGUGUAUGACAACAGUGCACUGAAACCAGAUUAUAUGCAAAGACUGACUUACAAACUUUGCCAUCUUUACUACAACUGGCCAGGUGUAAUCAGAGUGCCAGCUCCGUGUCAGUAUGCCCACAAAUUAGCAUUUUUGGUGGGUCAGAGCAUCCACAGAGAACCACAUCUUGCACUCUCAGACCGUCUGUACUAUCUCUAAAUUUUAUGAGGAAAGACGAUUGAGUGUUUUGCCACUUCAGUCUGCUUAAAAUUACUCUACUUAGAAUUGAGAAAUAUUAAAAUACAAAAUUACUACAGUGUUGGUUAGUUUUAAAUGUGUGUACCAGGAGACGAUGUGUAGAAUUUUUUUUGCAUUAUUUGUGGAAAAAUUUGUGAAUUUUGUUUAGUUUAAAUUUACAGUAGUAGAUAUGUAAGCAUUUCUGCAUUAUUUGUGCAAGUAAUUUACUGAUGACCUAAAAAAUGCAUUGUUAAUUGCAUGAAACCUGCCCUUGUUUUCCAUUUUGCAGCCAAUGGAGAAAAAAAAGAUUUUGCUUUGGAUAUUUAUCUUACAUUAAUUCCAGUGGAUUGCUGCUUUAUAAAGUGUAUAUGUUUUAUUGCUUGUUGUUUUUGUAUUUACAAAGCAAAAUUAAGCCUAACACUUUGUGACAUUUCUUUCAUUUGAACUCAUUCCAGUUAUACGUGCUGAGAGGUUAUCAGCAUGAUGAACUGUCAAUAUAUCAGUUAUCUUAUUCAUUCCAAACAGCAACAACAUCAAGCUUUACUAGAAGAGUAAAUAUGACAAAGUAAAAAAAAUUUAAUUUACUAAGUUAGUUGCCUUUGAUUAUUUAUAACAGCACUAAUCUUCAAUAUAUAAAGUUAAUAUUACAAUUGAAUGUAACUCAUACAUUAUUUACUCACCUUAGCAGUGAUUUGAAUUCCCAUGCACAGUUAGAAAAAGGAAACGUGCAUCUUCAGUUCUUGCAUUCAGAAAAUAUGUUCAAAGCCUAAUAGUUAAGCCCUCCAGAAUUUAAUAUAAUAGCAACAGCACAACACAAACUAACUGUAGAAGUUCCAGAAAGCAAAGCUGUAUUCAUGCUAUGUAGCUUAAAUAAAAUGUCCCAGUUGGGGCCCGAUUUCCUGUAAAAACAGGGAAUUGAUGGACAGAUAUGGGGCCAUUGCUUACUUAAUGUAAACGUGUUGUUGGCUUAUAUCUGUACUUUUGGAAUCCUCUGUUCUAUUGCAAAUAUACUAGAGAAGCAUUUAAAUCCCUGAACUAAGCUUGGAAAUGCAAGGAGCAGAAUAAAACUACAUAGCUAUUGAUCUCUAAAUAAUUGUUGGGGGCUCAGCUUUAAAUAAAUAAAAGCUUUUGGAAAGGAUUUAAUUAGAUACAUAGAUGGCAAAACAUACAGUUUUAGUAUUGUGUAUAAGCCUGGAAAAGUAAUAGCGAUUUUAGGUUUAAGAAGUUUCUCUGGUGAUGUGGUUUUUAGAUUCCAUUUACUUCCAGAGAAAACCUGUAUUUGCUUUUCGCUAUUUAUUAUAAGAGUUAAGCUAAUAAAUAUUGUUAUUUUUGUGAAUGCUGAAAGUGGUAUUACUUGUGUAUUGAUGGCAUUUAUGUGUAAAUGUUAGCAAUAAAGCUUGGUUUCUUAAAUCAUUAA